AUGGUUCGAAUCAGUCGGCCCGCGGAAUCGCAAGGAAGAAGUUGGGGAGAAAAGACUCUUCAGCAACAAAACUGGUACGGGUCAAAGGGGACAUCGCUUUGGCUACGACUAGCCCAGGCGCUAGCCACGCCCUACUACUUCCGAUUCUUCGUUAGGACAUGUACGGACAUGUCUCAACAUCCGAUGGGCCUUAAAGUGCAAUAUGUAGUGAGCGUGUUGUUAUGUGCACAUCUGCUGCUCACCUCCCCAGCGUGCAAGAUUUGCCCUGCAGGUGAGUUCCAGAAGUCAUGUGGUGAGUGCGCGCCAUGCCCUGCCGGUCGCUACACCGACAAAUGGAACCGUGAAGAAAGCUGCCAUCGUUGCAGUGGCGAUUGCAGACCUGAAUUUAACCAGGUGGUGAUCAAAAACUGCAGCAGCACAUCUAACCUCAAGUGCAAAUGCCAGAUCGGCUUCCGUUGCCUGUAUGAGGUCACGCAUACUGACAACUGUAGAAAGUGUGUUGCGACCGCGAUGGUAAGAGCCAUACCAAAUAUCACCAAGAAAAGAAUAACAACAACAGUACCAGAUUAUGAACAGACUUAUUCUUCUUCAACCGACAGCAGUACAGACAGUAGUACAGCUCGAUUGUGCAUAUUUCCAGACUGUGACGCCCAGACUGUAAACAGCUCACACGCUCAUACAGACGUGAGUGCGAGCCCUCGCCUUGUGGCCAUUUUGUUGCCCGUGGUCAUCGUGGUAACCGUGGCUCUCGCCGUCAUGCUCUGUAUCUGUCUGCACGGGCAAGAAAACUGUUUGAAGCAAGCUGCUGUCAAGUUAAAAAACAAGGGGGGUUCACAUGCUGCAACUGAGGAGGAGUCAACAGACCUUUUCCCUAUAGAGCCUUGUGGUGCUGUUCACGUCCACAAUGCAGGGACGGUCAUCUUCAGCUGGCUCGGUCAUGUUACAGAACAGGUGAGUUCUGUCCCGAGAGCUGAUAGGGUGACGGAUGUCAAGGAGGAGGAGCAAAAUGGCAACCAAGCACCUUCAUCUUCAUGUUCCUUAAGUGUUCCCCUCUCUGAGGAGGAGAGAAGCAGCGAUGCUCUCUCCUUCCCCUCUCAGGAAGAAGGCAAACAUUGGCACGUUUCCAAAGAGGAAGCACUAGCUUGAUAAAGAUAGUAGAGAUUAGAGAAGAACUCACUGGAGCGGAACAGUUCAUCUGCAAGUUUAACAACCUCUGAGAAGAAUCAGCCUGGUAGGAAUGCAUGCAGGGAAAGGCGGGUUAUAAUACUUUGAUGGUGCAGAAUUUUUAUGUUGAAUGUUGAGUAUUAUAGUAGUAUAAAUUUGAAGUAGUAACCGAUAAGGCACUUGUUUAUAGUGGAUGUAAAAAGUUUAUAUACCCCAUUCCAGAAGAAAAAGUAUUAUCUCACUCAUCCUGAUAGAAAUUGAACAGCUUUGUGUUUCCUUGACCUAAACUGGCCGGUAUAACAUGCUCGUAAAAUUACUCCUAAUGUAAAAGAAAACUACUUGCACAGUCAUAAUUAAGCUUUUAUCCCUCGCAAGAUAAUGUUAUAGGAAUUUCACAACAUCAAAAAAUAUCUAGCUGUGAAUCGUUUAACGUUAUAUGAAUUGUUUGAAAACUGUCUUUUAUUGAAGAGCAGCACUUUUAACAAGAUCUUGCAUGAUUACAAAAUAAGACAACACAGAUGAGCAAAAUGUUUUUAAAUAAAAUCUAUCUUGUUCAUCUCUAAUCAAAAAUGAUAUGCAGUAACAAAUGACAAUUUUUUAGAUCAAAAUUGAAGUUGACCGAAUCGGACGGAAUCAAACUAUGGCCUGGGGGCCACUUCCGGCCCUUACAUAUACUCUAACCGGCCAUCACAAGUUAUAGUAAAACGUAAAAUAUGGUGUGCUUUUAUUUUGAAUGUGGCGCUUUAAUUUUAACACGCAUAGGUUUGGAUGGUAGAAGCGAGGAAGACGUUUUUGUUGUGUUUGUGUAUUACCAACUUAGUGACUUUUUUUUUGUUUUUUUGCAGUUAUUAGUGAAUAUGCUGACCCAACUCGUGACAUAUUGUCUAAAUAGAAACUAGUGACAAUUGCAGUGAUGUUCAUGUUACAAACAGUUUCCCUGCUUUAUGUAUUUCAAUCAUUUCACAGACUACAUAUUGGGUGUAUUACGAUACAUUAUUUUUUCACAUUCUAUUAUUGUCAAUUAUGUCAAAUUCUAACUUUUUUUUUUUUUAAUCAAGCCAUCAUAUAUUUUUCGAAAUGCGAUUGGUGCUCAAAAUGUCAGUGCACUUUAAAAAUGUACUGUAUGACUUUGAAGAAAUUAUUCAUAUUGUAGAUGCAAUUUUUGUUAUAAUGCACAAGUAUACCACUGUGAUGACUGUGUAUAAUAUUGUUUAGAAUUUGUACUUCUUUAUCAGAACAAUGUACAGUACAGCUAUAUAGAAUAGGACUACACAAACAACAGUCCACUGUAUAUAAAUACCGUACAUUAAAACGGAACAUGGUCAAGGACGUGGUGUGGUUUCUCAAAUGGCCCUUUUGGAAAAUUAAUUGCCCACUCCUGGAUUGGAUUGUCUUUCAUGGUGAGACCACAUUUUGAUUUCUGCUCCACUUUGUCUUCACACGUUCCUCAUUUCCUUGUUCAUGUUUUUGCUACAGGAAGCCAGCAUUUUUGGUGUUGUUUUAUGUACAAUUUAAUUGUAUUCAAAUUAGGGUUGUUCCGAUCAUGUUUUUUUGCUCCCG